UGUUACCAUAGAAAAAUAUUAUAAAUAUCUUAGUAAAUAAUCAGUUAUAAUAAUUGCAUUCUCUUAAGACGGUUGAUUGAAAUUGAAAAACAAAGAAGAAACAGACGGAGAGUUAUGGAUAACCAGGAUAUUGAAAUCAAUGAAGCAUUUGAUUUAAUGGACACACAUGGGCAUAUGAUAAUUAGCACAAGAGAUUUUAAAUUUGCAAUAAAGGCGUUGGGAUUGGAACUGCCUCGAGAUAAAUAUAUACAAUUACUAUCUAGAAUAGAAAAAGACCAAAACGGUUUUAUAAAAAAGGAAAUAUUUAUUGAAGAAAUGCGUAAAGUAUUACCAAAAAGAGAUGUUAAGAUUGAUAUGAUUAAAGCUUUUCAAUUGAUUGAUGAAGAUGACACAGGAAAAAUAGAUUUUAACAAGUUAAAGAAUGUUGCUGUAAUACUAGGGGAGCAAGUAUCCGAUGAGGAAAUUAUCAAUAUGUUAAAUGCUGCAGAUGAAGAUGGAGAUGGACAAGUGAACCUUACUGAGUUUAUGAGGAUCAUAGAUAGAGCUAGAAAAGUGUUAUAGUAUAAUAUAUUUAUUAUUUGUAUAUGU